AUGGGGAAGGGAUGGUUCGUGAUUACGAAAAUCAACGCCCUGAGACCCGAGAGCCCCUUCCUCACGGGCCGUGGAGCACCUUGCUCUGCCCUGCUCCAUCCAACCGGGCUCCCGUGCUCUGGACAUCCUGGAAUACCGGGAUGCUCCCCCCGGGGCUCCCGAGAGAGCGGCCACAGCAACCCCAAGUCCCGUCCCGUGUCCCCCCCCCACCCGGCCAGGGUCCUCCGAGCCGAUAGGGGUCGCGGCGGUGCAUCCCCCUGCUGGCUGAUUGGCUGGUGCCCGCUGAGCUCGGGACAAGCGUUUCUCAGGGAUGUUUCCCCCCCCCUCCCCUCCCUUCCCCAGCUCCUGCUGCGGGGCAGCUCCUGGCGCAGCUUCAGCUCGCAGACGGACGGCGAGGCGCGAGUGAGCCGCGUCCUGAGGGAGAAGUUCCCCCGCGCCGCCGCCAUCCGCGUCGUGGACAUCUCAGGAGGCUGCGGGGCUAUGUACGAGAUCCACAUCGAGUCGGAGGAGUUCAGGGAGAAGCGAACGGUGCAGCAGCACCAGAUGGUGAACGAGGCACUAAGUGAGGAGAUCAAGAGCAUGCACGGACUGCGAAUCUUCACCUCCACCCCUAAACCCUGAGCAAUAAAGGUGCUGCCUUCUUCCAGACA